GAAGUACAAGUAUGAAGUAUACACAAAAAAUGCAAAUGUUGAAGUAAGAGUUUCUAUACGGCUGUUUUUCUUUCAAACUUUCAAAUGAGAUGAAUAUCUAGUAAGGUUGGUGUAUCUUUGAAUGUUCUAAGAUAUAACUGGUGUGGAAACAAGUGAACAGCAUCCAUUUGUGAUGUCUACAAGAUGAUAUGAAUGAUUUCAUUGAUUUGACAACAGUACAAAGUUUAUAAUCUUGCUAAAACUUACAAAAUAUAUUCUUCGUCCUUCAAAUAUACGCUAUGAAAAGUGAAAGCAGAAAAUUGGCAAAUGGGGCGAUGUUACCGUAAAGUCAAAUAGUUGUCUGCGUGGUAUUGGCCUUUUGGGUAUAUUUCUAAAUGAACUUAAAUCAGAUAUUGUGGUCUUCUGUUUACGUUUUUUAAGAAACCUCCUCAUUAGUAUUGUGUGGUGCGAGCUUUCUGUUGUAUUAUAUUUUCCUUACUCAUGUCAGAAAGUACAAAUAAUGACAUUAACUUAAAUGAAACGGACUUAGAAAAGUCAACCGUGGAAAAUUUCGAUAUCAGUUCCGACAAAUUGUCAAAUGAUCAAAGUGUCGACGCUAUGGUCUGCGAUAGCGAAAGAGAAAAUUUCUGCAAGAGUCAAGAAACAUCGCCUUGUGAGAGGGAUGAAAGUAUAAAAAACGAGAGAAGUUUAAAGGAUGAACUUGAGAAGAUUAAACUAGAUUACGAAGAUUGUCGACAAAGAGAAAAUGACUUGAAUGAAGAACUACGAAAGGUCGACUUUCAAACCGUGAAAGUUGCUGAAUUGGAAAUACUAAACGAAGAACUCAGAGAGCAGUUAAAUGAAACGUUAAAAGAGUGCUGUACUCUAAGAGAGGAUUUAACGAAAACCAAGCAAGAAAAAAAUGAUUUAAUAAAUCAGGUUUCCACACCACCAGAUGGCAAAGAAGAUAAAAGUUGUUUCCUACAAGACCAAAUAAAAUCUUUGGAAGAGCAAAAUGUAGAAUAUGAAAAGGAACUCAAUGAAACCAAAGAUAAACUUCAUUCUCAUGAUCUAGCUGCAAAGAAAGCUAUAUCCACUCUGAAGAAGGAACUUACUCUUAGAAUUGACCAGGUCACAAAGAUGUAUGAAGAUUGUCUCCGGGAACGUGAUGGCUUAAACAUGAAGGUUUCACAACUCACAGAAGAGAAGCAAGAAAUAGUAAAGAUGCAAGAUACGAUGAACACGAAAAUAUCCGACAUGGAAAAGGAAAAUGAAAGACUUCAGCAACAGAUAAAGAAAAUCAACAAUGACUACAAGUCAAGUCAAGCAACGCUAUUGGCACAGGAAAGAGAGAUAAUUGCCAAACAAAAGGAGGUGGAAAAAUCUCAAGAAGAUGUCAGCUCGCACACAGUUAAAAUGAAGUGGUCACAAAACAAACUGAAGGCUGAGUUAGAUUCGCAUAAGGAAACAAAAGUGAAGUUGGCACAGACAUUGCAAAAGUUAAAGGAGGCUAAAGAAGAAGGAGAACAGAUACGGGCUGAUUGUCAAGCUAUGAUAAAGCAAUAUCAGGAGUCUGAAGAAAUGAGGUCAAACUCAUUAGAUCAAGAACUAAAGCAAAAAGAAUCAGAAUUACAGAAGCACACGCAAUCAAUUGCAAACCAUGAUGAGAACAAUAAGAAUCUCUUGCAAGAACUAAAUCGAAAGAAAGAUGAGUGUAAAAAUUUGAGCGAGGAGAACAAUCAACUGAACACUAAGAUCAAAGGUUUGGACGAUAAAGUUGCCAAAUAUGCUUUGGCAAUAUCGACUUACGAGAAAACCGUCGCUAAUCAAAGAAAAGAGAUUGACAAUCAGAUAUCAAAAAUAGAGGAGUUGGAGAAAAUGCGAAGUCGCCUUUACAAUUCAGAAGAAUGCAACCAGGAGCUGAAAAGCGAAAAGGAAAAAUUGACGACUACCGUCAACGAACUGAAAUCUGAAAUGGAUUUAGUUUAUGCCAAGGAAUCCGAUCUGCUCGGUUAUAUCGAGAAAUUGACCGCGACGUGCACAAAGUUGCAGUCCACUAUCUCUGAUACUGAAUCUCAGAAUGAGGAAUUGAAGAAAGAAAACGAAGAGCUUAAAGCGAAUGUUGACGAUCUCAAGGCAGAAAACAACAGCUUGAAUAUGUCACUUAAAAGUGAAACGGAAGCUAAAGUUAUGUUGGAAUCGGACUUGCUACACAAAUUAGAGGAGAAAACAAAAACAGUGCAAGAAUUAGCUACCAAUUUGGAGGAUGUCAGAAAUGAACUUAAAGUUGCCAAGAAGAAAAAUUCAGCCCAUAUAAAGGAUAUAACAAGACAACUGCAACAAUCAAAAAGAAAAAUCGAUUUAUUGGAAAAGAAUUCAAAUAAAGAGCGCAUGGACAGCGGUUCGCGGACCUCCUCAAGUAGCUCGCUUGAUAAAGUCGAUGGUCCAGCACAACAGUCUAUUAAUGGUUCGAAUAACUAUCAGACGAAUCCUGCAAUUUUAGAGAUGAAUAAUGGAAGGGUACCCCAGUGUCCUUCAGAGGACUUGAUGUCUACUGUCGUGGAAGUGAAAACGAAGUCGCCAUCAUCCAGCAAAGUCAACAAUUCGGAUCUUGAUCACGAAAAAUCUAUCAUGUUAGAAAGAAUAUGUCAGCUUCAAAGAACGCAUGCAAAGAACAGCGAGAAGAUUGAUUUCUUGGAAGAACACAAUCAAACUUUGGUUGAGGAAAUUACCAAACAGAAGAGACUUAUUCAAUAUUACCUGCUGAAGGAGGACAGCGGUCAUUUUACAUCAUCUGAUUACGAUGAGAAAAAGGCAAAAUUAGCCAAGAAUCGUGGCGUGAUGUCAUCUGUGUAUUCGUCAAAGCCUACAGACUCCACAAUGACCUUGGAAUUAUCUUUACAAAUCAGUACAAAACUACAGGCGCUUCUUGAAGACACUAUUUUAAAGAACAUAACUUUAAAAGAAAGUAUAGAAACGCUUGGCGACGAAGUUGCAAGAUUAAGUACAGCUUUGUGCGAAAAACAAAGUGAGAACUCAACGUGAAUUGUUGAUUUAAACAGGAAUUCGAUGAUUUUGAUGAUAUGGUCUUGGUAUAACAGAUGAAAAAUUAUCAGUCGUAAUAUUAAUGUCAAUCAACUCAAACCAUUCAACUUGUCGAAGGGGUUAAAUUCACCUGUUAAUCGUUUACGAUGGGCCUAAAUCGUAAACUUUCGUUUCUGUGCACUAAAGUGACUAAACAGACAAUCUGAAUUCAUAACUGACUGGACGAAUAUUUUGUUUUAGUUUUAGUUUUUCUUCAUCACAUCAUGAUGUGAAUGUACUGUGGAAACAUUUAAUUCACUUUAUACGUAAAUCAACAUGUGUAUAUAUCAAAAUGUAAGCCAAUUUGUGUGGGUUGGCCAGUUGAUCUUGAAGUGUAUUUUAGUAAAAUGGCAGCACGUUUUUUAACCAA